UCCCUCAACUGUAGCCGCCAUUGGUGAAACUGUUCCAUCCACAGCUUCUCAUCUUUCCUAUUGAUGAAUCACACACCGGACACGCAAAUGUAGAACCGUGCACAUGCACGAGCGCCGUACUCUGCGCAGCUUGACAUGCUCAUCAGACGGUACUGCAGAGCCGUUAUAUAAGGUUGUGUAGCCAAUACAUAGCAGACGAAAGCAAACAAGCACAUCGUCAGCAUCGACCGAAAGUAAUACUGCUCCGCAGGGCCCAGUACAGAGACAGCACAACAGGAGAGCGGCUGUUUGGUGAAUAGCCUGCUCGAUCACUGCUGGAUAACGGCUGCAAUUGAGCUACAUUGGUAAGAUCAGUAUUCAACUAUGUGCAGUGUAUGGACAAAUAAUUCGAGCUCGAGGAUUGUGGAUUUUAUUCGCCUAUUCCUUACCUAAGUAUGGUAACACGGUAUAAUACUAUAUAAGUUUCAUUGGUAAAUAGUAUUUGUCAAUAGAUACAUGAUUUCGGAGAAUAUUUUCGAUACAGUCAUUUUAAUGAAAAUGUUCUUUUUGUUUUGAAAAAAACCACAAACAAUAUAUAUAAGAGGGGUUUUAAACAAUUUGUGGACGACUCAUCAGUGAAUGUGAAUCGCACAUAUGCCUACUUUGUCCUCAAGGAGUAUAUUCUGACGCUAAGAUAACUUGGAUUCUUUGUAAUUCCAAAUUACAUCACGUGAACUUGUUAGAUGUGUGAAGCGAUAGAGGUGUUCUGACAGUGUGUCACUGCUGGUUAGGGAGUAUAGACUAGCUAUUAUUAUAGUUAAAGGAAACUGCACGUGAUUGCCCGACCCUGAUCAUUUUCAGUUAGGAAUGUCACGCGACUGUAAUGAGUUUAGGGACCACUAGGGACGCAUCACCUCGGUCAAGUCCUGACCCAGUGAAGCCCAAAGGCGUGAAGCACCGGCACACUGACACACCGGUAUAUCCAUCGUCUGAAGAUCCUUAGGCAGGAAAUUAGCUAAACUCAUCAACGCUUUGUUCUACCAGGAGGUGAACACAUCGAGACCAGCUGAUCCAUUGUCAAUGAAUAACGAAAUCGACUGUCAUUUCCUGACUUGGUAGCCAGUGAACGUCGAGAUAAUUGUGUCACGAGGACAUUAUCACUAAGUGGACGGCACCGAGAUUCUUCUGACUGAUAGUGAUCACACUGUUCCAAACAGGGCAACACUGCCCUCGUGCAACCUACUAGUGACAGGAGUGAAAUCGGCAACAUUUCAAGUUUCCGGAAGCAGCUUACCUCGACAUUCUAAACGAUUGAUGUAGACAAACAUUUGAAAAGUCUACGUGGGACUGAAGUUCUUGAAAUCCUUUAUCUAGUGAGCUGUUAGAAACCAAUAUGGAAAACACAAGCUGUAAUGGUUCGGACGUUCAGUCUACCACGGGUGUCUUUGUGCUGAACGGAUGUCAGACAGACAUCAAUACGUUUCGGACUUUAAAACUAGUACUGACGUCUGUAUCUCUACUGGUGAUUUUUCUGUCCAGCAUUGCCGGAAAUAUGCUGGUGUUUUUGAUAUUUGUCAAACGUCCGGCACUUCUAACGAUCUCCAAUCGCUUCAUACUGAACCUUUCUGUAUGUAACUGUCUCAACACAUUAUUCGUCAUGCCGUUUAUGUUUGCCUCCCUCAUCUCUAAGGAAUGGAUAUUUGGAGAUACGGUAUGUCGCGGUACUGGAUUUUUGAUGAACACGACGUUUGCCGCCAGUACACUAACACUUGUGGCUAUUUCAAUUGACAGGUAUUGUGCUGUUGCUAUGCCUUUGCAUUAUACUAUGCGAGUUACUUCAAAGCGUUCCGUUGCAAUGAUCAUUUCCGUUUGGGGUGGCGCGGUGAUUGCGUCACUUCCACCCCUGCUUGGGUGGAACAGCUAUGUGUACCAGGAGGACAAGGCAUCGUGUACUGUACUUUGGAUGAAUAAAGAUUCGUUUGCUCGGUAUUACACACUUUAUCUGGUCGUGGUCACUUUUAUUCUGCCUCUCAUCGUACUUGUGGGUUCCUAUAUAGCCAUAUUUCGCUCGGCGAAAAACAAUUUUGAACGAACUAGGCGUAAUAGUAUAGUACCUUCUAACAGUAUAGAGGACGGGACUCAGACUCCGUUAAGGGACGGUAGACGGCGCUCGAGUACGGCGCCAAUUUUGACCCGGCGUGUUAGCUCGUCGAGUCGUAUUGGACCAUUGCCAUGGCAUAAGGACGAAUGGAAGACGGCACUUACCAGUCUACUCGUCGUGUCAACUUUCAUUAUUUGUUGGGUACCCUACUUUAUAAUAAUAGUGCUAGAAUCAGUUCUCAGUGACCCGAGUGUCAUAUAUCCCAUCUCAGAACUCAUUUCCAUACUUCUGGCUAUGUCGAGUUGUGCCGUCAACCCUUUUGUAUACGUGUUUAGAAGUAACCUAGCUCGACAGCAACUCAAAAUUAUUCUUGGUCUGAGAAGAGAACAUGAAGACUACAUCAACGAGUCGCGAAGAGGAAGUGUGUGUGCUGCUGUCAAGGAAGGUAUCAUACGACAGAGUAGCACGGAGUCGGAUCUGGACGAGAAAAAUCCACCGCCAAAAAAAUCCAACACACUGACGUCACUGGUGCACGUACCUAGCCUUGCUUCCAUGAGAGCAUGAAUAAUAUGUCAUCGUUUGGCCAGGUAGAUAGAUUGUCCCUAUUUUUAAUUAUGUCAUUAUAUUGUAUGUAAAUCAUUCCGAGAUGAUCUCAAAUAUUGUGUUAAACCAUUUCGAUGGUAUUUGCAGUCAUGCUUGUAUGUUUUUUUGUUCGGUGUUGACUGUAAAAAUAAGAUGUAACAUUUUGUGAUAUUUGUUUUAACGACAUGCUAGGUACAGCAACCUGUUGUGUUUAUCAUCAAUUAACAGUUAUUUGAGUUAUCGUCAUCCGUAUUUGUGUCUACGAUGACGUUAUCAAUCUUGUUAUAUCAUUCCCUGUAGUUGAUGUAAACAGCAAAUUUAUAAGCAUGUUGAUGAAUUAUUCAGCAGAAUAUUGUUUGUCCAGACAAUACUUUAAAUAGAUAAGGCCAGUACACGUCACCAUUGAUUAAUGAAACGUACAUAUUUUAGAGCUAGGUUCUGCUAUAAGAGGAUCCAUAAUAUUUUACAUGGAUUUUGGAUUAGGAAGUUCCAUUUUGUUUUUGUCUGGAUUAUCAAAGUCCAGCUGAAAUAUCAGUCAUCAUGUGUCCGUCAUUUUAGUUUGUCACCAGUCAGAUGAUGCACCGAUAUACAUUUAUAUAUGUGUAUGUUUAUACUGUAUAUUGACAUUUUCUGCAAUAUUGAUCAAGGCGCAGUGAGGCCAAUUACUCUCUAUGUUAGCCUAAACCUGAAACACACCGAUCACUUAGCGAUGUACGAGUCAAUACUCGCUAAAUAGUUCUAAUCAAAUUAUGUUAAUUAGCUCCUCUCUAAUCAAACUAGAACUCAAUCCAGUACGUGAUUAUUGAUUUAAGCUCACAUCAACGUAUAACGUUUUUAAUUUCGUUGAAAACAAAUCUAGAUUCUUUAAUCAAUUAUCGCUGAAACUUGUAGUGACUGAUCAGUUUAAAUUGUUCAAAAAUGAGUCAUGUUACUAGUGAUAAUGUUUUGGAAUCUUGAUUUGUGUUAAAAGUUUAAACGGCCUGUAAAUAACGUUCAAGUUAAAUCAACUGCGCAACAUCUAAGUUGAACUCUAGCUGUGACUGUUGAUGCUUAACUUAAAAAUGGUCGUCCUCUCAUAAUACAUUGAGGAAAACCGGCACAGAUCAGAGCGCUACCGAAAUCUGAUCAUCAGCACAGUAGUUCUACACUGUUCGCCAUUUCGGAAUAAAUGGCGCCUGUUCUUAUGGCGGACGGAUCUAUACAGUAUUGCGUCACUAUACACAAAUGUGGUUUAAAUUAAUAUCAGUCUUCGAACAGUUCGCUGAGUAAUGAUAGCGGUGAGGGUUAGUUCCUUCCUAACGUAACAACCAUUCGUAAAGCAUGGCCACUGUAGUAAUGUAAUCAAAUGUAAUCACUCAGACUGACCUCACAUUGCCUCGAGCCGUUCUAUCAAAUUACAAGGAUUAUGACCUGGUAUAACCCCAAGGUAUCUGAUGAUAUUACUGGGAAUGACCUCAGGACCUCCGACCUCGCGGUAAACAAAGGUAUCACUAUAAGUAACAUCAUUGACCUCGAUGUAUAAAAUGUAAUUACCGGGAACGACCAUGCUUACCAUCGCUUGUUGUACCCUCAGACAGACGUACUUGUACCCUCAGACAGACGUACUUGUUGUACCCUCAGACAGACGUACUUGUACCCUCAGACAGAGGUACUUGUUGACCCUCAGACAGAGGUACUUGUUGUACCCUCAGACAGAGGUACUUGUUGUACCCUCAGACAGACGUACUUGUUGACCCUCAGACAAACGUACUUGUUGUACCCUCAGACAGAGGUACUUGUUGUACCCUCAGACAGACGUACUUGUUGUACCCUCAGACAGACGUAC